AUGACUAAGAUAACACCUCUGAUUGUGGCUUGUCGUGAGAAUCAUUUCGAAGUUGUCAAACAUUUGCUGAAUGUGAGAAAAAGAAGAUUUGAAGAAGCAGAAGAAAAAAAAGAAGGGAAAAAAGACCCAAAUGGUUAUAAAAGGCAAAUACCUUACAUCUUAAAUCAUACCAGAAGUGUCGCUAUGGUAACGUGCCUAAUAGCCGAUAAAAAUGACGUUAAUGUGCGAGAUAAGGAAGGAAGGACACCGCUUAUUGUUGCAGCUUCAAACGAUUGUCUCGAAAUAGUAAAAUAUUUGAUAAGCAUAAAAGCCAAUGUAAAUGCACUAGAUAAAAAUAUGGUAAGAAGCACUUAUCAAACUAAUCAACAAUUAGACAGUAAAAUAGUAUUGCAACUUAUACUUGAAGCAAAAACUUCAUUGAUUAUCGCAGCUUCGUUUGGUUACCUAGACGUCGUAAAAUAUUUGAUAGAAAGUGGUGCCAAUGCUGAACUGAGCGAUAAAUCGGGGAGGACAGCUUUACACUUCGCAGCCAAGUCUAAUCAUAUGGAAGUUGUUAAAUAUUUGUUGAAAAAAGAAGUUGAAAAAGCUAUUAUAAAUAAACCUGACAGCCACAAAAGGACAGCUUUACGCUUCGCAGCCAAGUCUAAUCAUAUGGAAUUUGUUAAAUAUUUGUUGAAGAAAGAAGCUGAAAAAGCUAUUAUAAAUAAACCUGACAGCCACAAAAUGACACCGCUUAUUGCUGCGAUUUUUGAAAGGCAUAUGGAAAUGGUGAAACUUUUGGUAGAGCAUGGAGCAAACGUUGAUGCAGAAAAUGAAAAGGAGUGUCCACCCCUAAUAUCGGCCUGCUCAGUUAGAUCGCUGAAGAUGGUAAAGUAUUUAGUAAAGAACGGAGCUCUUCGUGAUGUAAAAGACAGCAGCGGGAAAACACCGUUGUGGACAGCAUUUUUGAACGAUGAUAUUAAAGUGAUUCGUUAUUUCCUAAGUCGUGGCAUCGAAGUUGAUGAAAAAGAUCAAAAAAAUUCGAAGACAUUGCUUUGGGCUGCUUGUGAAAAAGGAAACAUGGAAAUGGUACGCUUUUUGGUCAGUAAGAAAGCUGAUGUAAAUACAAUAAACAAAGACAAGAUUCCAGCAUCAUUUGUUGCCUAUUGUAAUGGGUAUGCAGAUAUUGCAAAAUACUUGUUGGAACAAAAAGCCGACGUUAAUGCGAGAGAUAAAGAUGGGAAUACGCUGUUAUUAUACGCUUGCUCUAAAGGUGACAUCAAUUUUGUAAGAGAAGUUGUGGAACGAGGUGCAGAUGUCAAUGCGAGUGGUAAAAAUCAGGUUUUGCCGUCGUAUGUUGCACUGUCAAACGGUCAAACGGAUAUUGUAAAGUAUUUAAUCGACAAUAAAGCCGACGUAAAUGCAAGAAACAAAAAUGGUAAACCGCUGUUAUUCGCCGCAUUAUCGCGGAACAACUCUGAAGUAGCGCAGUACUUAGUUGAACAUAACGCCGACAUAAAUGAACUAGAUGUUGACGGAAAUCAAUUGUUAACUGACAGUUAUACGAGAAUUGACAUUGACGUGUUCAACUACAUAAUGGGAGUUGGUGCAAACGUAAUUGCAGCAAACGAGGAUAGAGUAAUAGUUUUAACAGUCAACAAGUUUUAG